AUGGGAGAAUUUAAAGUCGUUGUGCUGGCAGGUACGGCAGGCACUGGGAAGUCAACAAUUGCAGGUGAACUGAUGUAUGAGUUUAAAGACACAUACCCGGAUUUGAAGUUCAUUGAAGGUGAUGAUUUGCAUCCCCCUGCUAAUGUGGAAAAGAUGACAAGAGGCAUACCCCUGAACGAUGAUGAUCGUUGGGAUUGGUUAAAAAAGGUUGCUGUAGAGUCCACGAAAGCUGCGGCAGGCACCAACGAACAUUUAUCAAUCGUGGCUUGUUCGAGCCUAAAGAAGAAGUACAGAGAUUUGAUUAGACACACUUGCCCUGAAUCGGAGUUCCAUUUUAUUUUUUUGUAUGCAAGUAAGAUUGAAGUCUUGAAGAGGCUUAAGACAAGGAAGGGGCAUUUUAUGAAAGCUGAUAUGAUGGAAUCGCAAUUCAGGGACCUAGAGUUGCCUAACGUUAAGGAAGAACCCGAUUGUGACAUUGUUCCCUUGGAUUCCAAAACAUUCUAUCAAAUUGAAAAGGACGUUAUACGCGUGGUGAAGAGGAAAGUUUUAGAAGUUGCGUGA